AUCCGAGCCGAAUGCGUCAAGCCCUCAGUAUGCAGCCAUAGAGGGGGGGGGGCGAACCUCAGCACCUUGUUGACGGGGCCUACAGCAACAGGAUACUGUAUCAUAAAACCAUCGUAGGAAGCGAGAUAAAGAUUUUCAGACCAUCGUUUCACCUUGAGCCAUGGCGUUCACCUACCUUGCUGUGAUACUCUCUGCCACCGUGAUGUACCAAGUUUCAGGCAUGAGCUUCAUGAUUCCUGAAACCGAUACACCACCAACAUUACCACCGGACUCUUACCCUCCGGGUGGUAUGAUCCAUGCUGCCCUACAGAGUAAGGAAUACCUAGGUCAGUCAUCAUCCACCGCAGCAGGCACGACCACCAAUCCGACGCGGGCGGCGCCCGAUGUCAAGCGGAGCAUGUCGACCUCCACGGUCAUUUCGCCAGGACUGCUCACCACGGCGCCGGGCUCGUCGUCCGCAGGCGGCCACGCCGGAUUGAGGAACCGCAUGUCCUUCGUUCCCAUCGAAGAGGAGACGACCACGACGCUCAUCACCACGACCACGAUAACCACAAUGCACAUGCCAGUUCAGUGCAACGCAUCUUUGUCCGCAAUGGAGGAUGUUGUCGAGUCACCAGAUUCCGCAUCAUCAUCAUCAUCAUCAUCAUCUCUUUCCCCGCUGGAAUGCACCUACAGCAUUACAGUGUACGCAGGCUACGGUGUAGAGAUUCAGGUGAGGAAGGUGAAUCUAUCCAAGGAGGAGUCCCUGACCAUUCUGGGCCAGGGCGAUUCGACGCCUAAGCUAUUAGCCAACGAGACCCUGAUGAGGGAGGGGCAGGUGAUUCGCAGUACCACCAAUCAGGUGCACAUCCUCUACCGCAGUGGCCAGUUGAACAACCAUGGCAAGUUCAUCCUGCACUAUCAAGCUUUCAUGUUGUCCUGCACCUUUCCUCAUUCUCCCGAAAGCGGCGGGGUGACCGUGACCGACAUCCAUCCCGGCGGUCAGGCUCACUUCCAUUGCGAUCCAGGUUUCCAAGUCCGUGGCCAUGAGGUGGCGACUUGCGUCAACACAACCCGACCGCACUGGAGCACACCCGAACCCCAGUGUGUUGCUGUGUCUUGCGGGGGGUGGAUUCGUAAUGCAACAGUGGGGCGCAUACUGUCGCCGCCCCCUCCGUCGGUUGCCAACCACAGUAAUGGAAACAACCUGAGCUGCCACUGGUUACUUGAGGCCAAAGAAGGUCACAGGCUCCACUUGCAUUUUGAGAGGAUCGCACUGGAUGAAGAUGAUGAUAAGUUGAUUGUGCGCAGUGGGAACAGUUCGCUGUCACCGCCUCUCUUCGACUCAGAUAUGGAUGAUGUGCCAGAGCACGGACUGCUGAGUGAGGGCACCUCUCUGUACUUGGAGCUCACAGCUGAUUCGUCUUCGAUCCCUCUCCUCCUGGCACUGCGAUAUGAGGCGUUUGACGAUGAGCACUGCUGGGAGCCCUACAUGCCACAUGGAAACUUCAGCAGCAGUGACAUUACCUACCAGCUGGGCACCACGGUGACCUUCAGCUGCUCGCCCGGCUUUGUCAUGGAACAGGGCUCAGCCACCAUUGAGUGUGUGGACCCCAGCAACCCUCACUGGAAUGACAGUGAGCCUGUGUGCAAAGCUCUGUGUGGAGGGGAGCUGACGGAUCCCUCCGGUACCAUCCUGUCUCCCGAUUGGCCUCAGAGUUACUCCAAGGGUCUGGAUUGUUUAUGGCAGAUCCACGGCAAUGAAGAGAAGCGUAUUGAACUGGACAUCCAUAUCUUAAAUAUUCGCCACACUGACGUGUUGACCAUUUUUGACGGCCGCGAUCUCAUGUCCCAUGCCAUCGGUCAGUACCUGGGUUCCAAAGAGCGCUUCCAAGUUGUAUCCGGGGGGUCAGAGGUCACUAUUCAGUUUCAAAGCGAUCCGGAGGAUUCAAGCUUCAUUCUUAGUCAGGGAUUCCUGAUUCAUUAUCGUGAGGUUGAGCCAAAUGAUACGUGCCCCACUCUCCCUCAAAUCGAAUUUGGGUGGAGCAGCUCGUCCCAUUUGUCCCCGGUGAGAGGAAGCGUGUUGACCUAUCAGUGCCAACCGGGAUACGACAUCAGUGGCUCUGACAUCAUCACCUGUCAGUGGGACCUUUCCUGGAGCAGCAGCCCACCCACCUGCGUCAAAGUCCAACAGUGUCCUGACCCGGGAGAGGUCGUAAACGGAGCUCGCUCUGUGCGCCCCGAAGCCGGUUUUGCGGUCGGAACCAUUGUGCGCUUCUCCUGUAACCAAGGUUACCAGCUCGAGGGCCCCAACCAAAUCUCCUGUCACGGUCGAGACACCGGAACCCCCAAAUGGAGUGACCACAGCCCAAAGUGUGUCUUGAAAUAUGAUCCAUGCCCUAACCCUGGCGUCCCGGACAAUGGAUACCAAACGUUGUACAAGCACAGCUAUCAGGCGGGAGAAACUCUGCGUUUCUUCUGCUAUGAAGGCUACGAGCUCAUCGGUGAGGUUAUUAUCAGCUGUGUGCCUGGACAUCCAUCUCAGUGGAACAGCCCACCACCCUUUUGCAAAGUGGCCUACGAGGAGCUUCUGGAUAAUCACAAAUUAGAGGUGUCUCAAUCAUUCGAGCCCUCCCAUCAGAUCCUGAGUGAGAACAUCGCACUUGCAAUAAUUCUGCCCAUCAUCCUGGUCAUCCUCCUGAUUGGAGGAAUUUACAUGUACUAUACAAACAUCUGCAGACUAGAAUGGAAGCCGCUCUUCUGGAAGUCUCUUUCCCACACACACUCUUACAGUCCCAUUACAGUCGAGUCGGAUUUCAACAACCCGCUGUAUGAGGCGGGGGAUACACGGGAGUAUGAAGUUUCCAUUUAAAAGCCAAAUUGUCUUGGUAAGAUUUUAAAACAAUUCAAUUGUUUUGGGAGGACAUCAAGUUUAUUACUAUGAAACCAUGAAAUCCCCUUUCGUUUUAUUUAGCAUCCUUCAAUUUUACCACCACCACGUAUUUAUUGUUGAUAAUUAAGGAAGCCCUAUUUUGAUUUGUUCGAUCUGCCGUCGGCGGAUUUGACGUCAGUCAGUGUUGCAUUGGGACUUGUGCCUUACAAGGGUUAACAAAUUCACUCCAGCAAAAUAAAGGGCAUGGGGACAGACGAAUUGUUUCUUUGUUUUUCCUUCAUGUCUAGUGAGGCCAAAAUCUUGAGAAACUGGCAAUAUCAAUGAUGAGCAAAUUUUACACUCAUGACCAAACAGAACGCACUUGAAUGUUUUGUGCUUGUUUUUGUGGCGCGCGUCACAAACGGAAACAUGUGUUCAUUCACCGUUUUCUCUCUUACUCACUUUGUCUCUGUGUAAAAUAUACACACAAACACAACGAAUGUAAAUAGAUGACUUGAUAUUGGCUGAGGUUGAUAUGUAUACAGUAUAUAGAGUACAGUACUAAAUUCAAUAUAUAUAUACAUAUACAGUAAACCUCAUAUUUACACUUCUAAAUGGUGACGGGAGGUUGUAUAUUUUCAUUAAAUAGAUAAUGAAAAUUCUGUGCCAAAAUGUCAUGUUAAAUAAUGUCCUUAAGUGUUUCAUCUGUUGUUGAAGUAGCGUUUACAAAGGCAGUGUUUACUUUUGAUGCUUUGCUGUUUCUGAAAAACAGCCAAUGUCUCAUAACAUAUUGUACAUGGGAAGGUGAGGACGUGAAUGUCAUUAUGCUUAUAGCAUGCACUGAUUGUAAAUGAUAUUGCUUCUGCUCAAUCUUGCCAUUGUCAUUAUAGUUAUUGACAUAUCAGAUUCGAUGUUGUAUGCACUAUGUGAUGAAAAAUUUCAACCCUGGCUGUUUGCUGUAAGGCAUUAUGUAUUUAUUUAAAAUGGAUCGUUUGGCUCGUUCACUGUGCCAAAUGGGAGCUGCUGGAGGCUGUUGCGUGGUAGAUGUAAGUAUAAUCAGUAGCAUUUCUUUGCUUCAUAUAUGAGUACAUUCUUUUAUAGGCAGUAAUUUCAUUGCUGAACUGGAAAUAAAGUCUGUGUUGAAUGGUGUAAAA